AUGGAGGCGCCUGUCCCAGACACGACGCGCGAGUCCGAUAGUCUCGAGAAGUUCGACCCAGAGAAGGGGUCAAUCAAGGAGAAUCAGGCUAUCGCCGAGGCCAUCGACUUCGUAGAGGAUCCCAAUUUCGAUCCUGGAGCGCUCCUGCUUGAGGAUGAGUCGCCUUACCCAGAAGUGCGAUCUGCAGUCGCCAACACCGAUGAUCCCGAGAUGCCCAGUGCCACGUUCCGAGCAUGGUUCAUAGGGAUAAUCUGGGCCAUCCUCAUCCCCGGCGUGAACCAGUUCUUCUUCUUCCGAUUCCCGGCAGUCACUAUUAGCGCGCUUGUUCCUCUGUUGCUAUCCUUCCCGGUCGUCAAACUCUGGGCUCGCUUCGUCCCUCGGAUCAGAUUAUUUGGCGCGUCCUUAAACCCGGGGCCAUUCACAAUCAAAGAGCAUGUCAUAAUCGUGAUCAUGGCCUCCGUCGGCUCUGGCUCUGCGUACGCGACGGACAUCAUCGCCGUUCAGCGCGUCUUCUACAACCAAGCACCUAACUUCGGAUACCAAUGGAUGCUCGUCAUGAGUACCCAGUUAAUCGGCUUCAGCAUCGGUGGUAUCUGCCGCCGUUUCCUUGUCUCACCACCAUCCAUGAUCUGGCCUUCCAACCUAGUCUUCUCCGUGCUCUUGAACACACUGCACGCGAAGCAGACAGCAGGAUCUGAGGCUCGCGGUGGUAUUUCACGUGAACGGUUCUUUGCCUACGUUGCCUGCAUAUACUUCGUAUGGAACUUCAUCCCGACGUAUUUGUUCACUGCCCUGUCCGGAUUCGCCUGGGUUACUUGGAUAAGACCCAACGACCUCAAAAUCAACCAGCUCUUCGGCACCUCGCAUGGUCUGGCGUUCAGCAUGUUGACCUUGGAUUGGGGGCAAAUCACCUUCACUGGAUCUCCCCUUCCUGUUCCCUGGUGGGCGAUUGCCAACAUCGGCAUAUCAAUGGUCAUAUUCUAUUGGAUUGUGACACCGAUACUUUACUACACGAAUACAUGGUUCACCGCAUACCUGCCUAUGGUCGACUCGUCUUCGUUUGACAACACUGGAAGUCCCUACAACGUCACACGCAUCAUCAAUCCGGAUCUCAGUCUCAACGUGGAGGAGUACAAGGCUUACAGUCCACUAUUCCUUCCGGCCGCAUUCGCCAUCUCCUACGGCCUGUCCUUCGCGUCCAUCACCGCGACGCUGACGCACUGCUUCCUGUAUUACCGGAAGCAGAUCUGGGUACAGGCCAGGCGUUCACUGAGCGAGCAGCCUGAUGUGCACGCUCGUCUGAUGGCCGUUUACAAGGGUGUUCCCGAAUGGUGGUAUGCUGUCAUCUUCGUCGUCAUGUUCGUCUUCGGUAUCAUUGUAGUCGAGGUUUUUCACCCAGACUUCCCCGUGUGGGCGUUCGUGUUGGCGCUAGCUAUAUCUUUCGUGUACACUAUCCCGAUCGGUAUCAUUCAGGCUAUCACGAAUAUGCAGGUCGGAUUGAACGUGAUCACCGAGCUUAUAAUCGGAUAUAUGCUCCCAGGAAGGCCAAUCGCUAUGAUGAUGUUUAAGACUUGGGGAUACAUUACAAUGGCACAAGCACUGACUUUCACGUCCGACUUCAAGUUGGGCCAUUACAUGAAGAUUCCGCCGCGCCAGAUGUUCCACUGCCAGGUUGUAGCUACCGUGAUAGCUGGGACUGUUCAGCUCGGCGUUCAGUCCUGGAUGUUUACGAACAUCCCCGGCAUGUGCUCGUCCGACCAACCGAGCGGCUUCAUCUGCCCUAGCACAACCGUCUUCGGAACGGCCUCCAUCAUCUGGGGUGUCAUUGGCCCGGCCCGCCAGUUCUCACGCGGUCAGAUGUACUACAACUUGCUCUUCUUCUUCGUUGUCGGAUUUGCUGCGCCGCUCAUCCAAUGGGCGGUUCACAAGCGUUUCAAGCUCAACAUCCUCAAAUACCUCAACUUCCCCGUGAUCUUCUCCGGCCCAGGCCUCAUCCCGCCCGCGACACCGUUGAACUACAUCCCCUGGGUUCUCAUUGGAUUCGUCUUCAACUACGUGAUCCGCAGGCGCCACUUCGCUUGGUGGUCGAAGUAUAACUACGUACUCUCCGCAGGUCUCGACUCGGGUUACGCUAUCGGCACACUGUUCAUCUUCUUCGUCCUUCAGUACCCAGCGAAUGGAACGAUCGGUCAGAAUUCGAUCCUCUCCUGGUGGGGCAACAACAAGGCGUUCGACACCGCGGACAUCGCCGGUACACCGCUUCUUGCGCCUCCCGAUGGCAAGACUUUCGGUCCUGCGACGUGGUGA